GAACGGCUAGGGGCGGAGACGCAGGCCCGCCUCUGCGCUCUGCGGCAGCGCGUGACGUCACGCGGGGCGGGGCCUCAGGGAGCGUAGGGAGGGACCAAGGCCGAGAGCCCCUGGUUGCGCCACUCACACUCGGAGAAGCGCUAACAGGACAACGGUUCAGGCCAAUCGCAGUGAGGCCUGUGGCGGCAGCGAGACUAGGGUGGAGACUUCGGAGACUGCAGUUGCAGGACAAGAAGACAGAAGUGACACAGAAGAACUCAACACCAUUAACGAAUAUAAUCUAAUCAGCAUUUAUAGAAUACUCCACCUAACAAAAGAACCCACAUUAUUUUCAAGUGCCAUGGAACAUACAGCAAGAGUAACUGUAUCCUAACCCACAGGACAAACCUCCAAAGACUUAAAAGAACUGAAAUCACACAGACUAUGUAAUUGCUCACUGAGGCAUCUCUGUAAAGGCUGCUUUAAAAUUCCUGAUAGAUAAUUCUGACAUCUGUGUCCUGUGUCGGUGUCUGUUGAUUCUUCUCUCUUUCAACUUGAUAUAUUCCUGGUUUGGGGAUAUACUGGAUAUUUCAUAAUAAGACUCUAGAUCCUAUUUAUAUCUUGUAUUUUGGUGGGUCUUUUCUGACACUGCUCUGUUGAGUUAAGGCCACCAGCUCAUUACUGCUGUGUUGAGAUAGAAGUCCAGAUUUUCCACCUCACCUCUUGGACAUCUGGGAUAGGAAGGGCUCUUUUUACUGCUGGAUGGUGUUGAGAGUUCAGGCUCCCCUCUUUGCAUCCUCUGAUACCACUUUGGCUGAGAGAGGGAGGGGCACAUCCCCUGGCAGUGAAAAGUCCUACAUCUUCAGUGGGCCUCUGGCUCCAACCCAGGAAGGACAGGGAGGAAUGCCAUUUUACUUCCAGGUAGGGGUAGAAUCCAAGAUCCCAUGUGUCACAUGACCUCCACUGAUGGUGGAGGGGAAGUGGUGGACACUUGCUACCCCUGGACUAGCUACCCACUCUGCCUUCCCAUGGAUAGGAAGAGGAGGGUUGACGCAUCUCAUUACAUCCUGGGAGGGGUGGGAUGCUAGGCUCUCCAUUCCACUUUUGCUGACGUGAGUGCCUGUAGAUAGUCAGUUUUUCCAUCAUGUUUGUCAAAACUCUUCUUACUAGGUUGCUCCUGCCCCUGGUCCUAUGGCUAAAGAGAUCAGGUUUCUCUCGGAGCUCUUUAUGCAUGUGCCCGCCCAGUCGUGUUCGUGUUGUCCACUUGUUCAGUAUCUGGGAUAUCUUAGGCAAAAAUAAAACCCAAGGAACUCACCACUGUAUUGUUCUUGGGUCCCACGUUCACUAGCCAGUCUGCCUAUUUCUCUCCACCUUUCACCAUCUGCAUAGAUUUAUGAUAUAUAUUUUUAUAUGUGUCCAGGGUUCUCAGUCAUUUUUAGCAGCAGAAAUAGUGCCAAGCAUGUCUACUCCACCUUACUGGAAGACAAAGCCUCACUGUUUUUAUAGGAGUAAUAUUUAUAAGAAUUAAAUUAAAUACUGUGUGAAACCCAGGGAUCAGCACCUGACACAAAGUACUGGCUCUAUAAAUGUUAGCUAUUUUUAUUAUCCUGUAUAUCUUUCUUUUUCAGAAUGAUGUUAAACUGCCGUGGUAACUUUUUUGGCCAGUACAUUUAUGGUUGGAUCUUAGGCACAUGAAAAGGACUCUAUGCUUUCAUUUAAUAUUAAUAUCUAUGGCCAGAAGAGCAUUGAAAAGAGUAUAAACUUUGAGUUAAGCAGGUUUCUACUGGUUUUACAUCUUUAUGCUCAUCAUUCAAUCUUGAGCCUCAACUUCCCAUUUUGUAAACAGUCAUUAUUACCAAAGUUAAAUUAUAAACGCUGAAUGAAAUAACUAUAUAAAUUACUUACUAUAAAUUCUAGUACCUUCAGGCUUGUUAUAUCACUCAAUAACUAUAAAAGUUAAGAGUCUCUAACCAUUUACUUGCCUAUCAAUGUUUACCUGUUAACAGAAAUGGAAGUUUCACCAUAUAGUAUUGUUCUUUGAUGUACUGGUUUAAAGGUCCAGAAAGAUGUGCUUUGUGGUAUGGAUGUAGGUGCCGAAUGUAGAUUGUUGUCAUCAUUUAUCUCGAUUGUCCCCAUGUUGCCACUCUCUCCUCAGUGUAUUUCUCCCAUCUCAAACAAAAGACAACAGAAUUUCCUAGAAUCCACCUACUCCUCUAGUCCUUACCUCACUGAACUUCUUUAAAAAAUAAUUUAUACAAAUUUGUGUCCAGUAUUCCCUCUUAAAACUACUAUAAUCUGACCUCUCCUCACCCCACCCCCGCAUGAUCAACAUUGUCUUUUCAGUCCUUACCUUGCCUAACCUUUCUCAGCUUUGGAUGAUGUAACUACUUCCUACGUGAAAUUCUCUUCCUGUGCUUUCCAUCACCACUCCUAAUUUUCCUCCAUUUCUGUCCCUGCUCUUUGUGAGUUUUUCCUUAGCUGUAGAACUUCCUCACCUUGUGUCUUCCACAAAUUGUACUUUCAACUGUAUCUCCAGUUCAUCUAGACUGUCACCUGGCAGGUAGCAGGUGCUACAUGAAUAAUUCUUUUCAACUAAACGGUCUUUCCCUUAGGGUUAGUUAUCAUUGGAGUUCCAUUCUCAGCCCUCUUUCUCUACUGAUUCUACUUAUUUUUCUUGAUUGAUUUGUAUCCAUUUCAGUGGCUUUACUUAUCUUGUGGAUUCAGUUCCCCUAUCCCUUUCAUAAACUUUCCAACACCCUUUCUCUUCAAUAGCACUUAUAAUUAUUAUGAUUAAAUAAAGUCUACAUAUAUAAAUGUGCUUAAACCAAGUUAAGAAAAUAGAAAAUUUCAGCUUCUGUAUGAAGCCAUUCUAUAUGAAGUAACCAUGGCAGCCUUUAACUUUUAACCACUUUACCAAAAUGAAUGCCUAUGCAUAAUGCCAAUGUAUUAGUUUGAUACUUGAAAGUUUCCACUAAGUAGUUUUACUUAUAUUACUAGUCAUAGAAAUAAAAAUUACUGUAUACUAUAUCAUUGGGCUCACUUUUUAUCCAUGAAUUAUGAUCCUCAAUGAUUGAUUUAAUCUAACACAAGUUACAAGUUCCUUAUAUAUGUAUAAUCAGCUAUAAAAAAAUUACAUAUAAAUUAUAUAUACACACGUUUAUUAAAAAGUAUUACAAACCGUUGUUGCCUUAGUUAAACAUUGUACAGGAGAUCCUAGCUACUUCUGUAGUAGAAGAAAAAGAAAUAAUGCCUGUAAAAAAACAGGAAAGAGAACAAACAAGCCCCAUUGGCUACAAAUGAUGUAGUUUUUUAUGCAGAAAACACAAAAGAAUCAACAGAUAUUUAGAUUAAUAAAUAUACUUGAGUUGCUGGGAUUAAAAUUAAUAUCCAUUAAUUAAAAUAAUCCUAUUUGUUGUAAUAGACACAUCUCAGUGGCUUAACAAAAACGAAAAUUUCUUAUCCAAUAAGAAAACAAUGUUUGGAUUUUUUUUUAAUUGAUAUUACUCAUACCAGUGAAUGCUACCUUCGAUGGUAAGUGCAGUGAGAACAUGAGCUACAUCUUGGUUACUCACUGCUGUAUUCCUAGCAGAAUGAUGUUUCUAAAAUAUAAAUCCAAUGGUGCAAUUCCUCUCCUAUUUAAAGUCCUUCUAAAUAUUCCUCAUUACCUCUAGAAUGAAACCCAGGCCCCUUGCAUGGUAGCCAGACCGCGUGAGCCAGGCCGUUUACUAUUUCAGCUUUAUCUGCCCCAUCUCUAGUCCUCAACAUGGGGUCUCUCCCAAGGGGCUGUGAUGACUCUGUCAUCCCUAUCUCUCCACUUACCAUUUUUUUCUCUUGGAAGUGUCUUCCUCACCUUCUUCGGCAACCAUCUUUCGUUUUUUCUUUAACACCUCCAGUACCACAUCCAUCAGAAUGUCUUCCUUCAUCCUCUCCCCUCUGCUUUGUCCUCCUCCUCCCUGAGAGCAAGUCUGAGAUUGUCCUUCCUGCCUCCUUGAUACUCUUCCCAUGUCAGUUUUGACGCUUAUCACAUUUGUUACUUCUUUCUUUCCAACUGGCCUGGAGGCCUGCAAGAGCAGGGAUCCUGUGACCCAUUUAUCUUCAUAUGCCCAAUGCCCACAUGGGUUUGAAGCCCCAAGGAUAUUCAAUAAAACUGCACAGAGGGGGCAAGAUCCGAGUGGAGGCACUGCAGCAGUUCAAGUGAGAACAGUGAGAGAUUCAUCCUGAAGAACGGCAGCGGGGUGGAGAAAAGUUCUAAGAACAAUUGGAAUUGGCUAUGGAUAAUUCAUAUCAUCUCAACCAACGAAACUCAUGCAAUGGACUUCCAUCUGAGAAGAAAAACAACUUCCUUGUGUCUGAAGAUCAUGGACAGAAAAUCUUAAGUGUACUACAGAAUUUUAGAGAACAAAAUGUCUUUUACGAUUUCAAAAUAAUCAUGAAAGAUGAAACAAUCCCAUGUCAUCGUUGUGUCUUAGCAGCAUGCAGUGACUUUUUCAGGGCCAUGUUUGAAGUGAACAUGAAAGAGCGAGACGGUGGGAGCGUCACCAUCACUAAUCUGUCCUCCAAAGCAGUAAAAGCGUUUCUUGACUACGCCUACACUGGGAAAACCAGGAUAACGGAUGAUAACGUGGAAAUGUUCUUCCAGUUGUCAUCAUUUCUUCAAGUUUCCUUCCUAGCCAAAGCUUGCAGUGACUUCUUAAUAAAGAGUAUUAACCUUGUCAAUUGUUUACAGUUAUUAUCGUUGUCAGACAGCUACGGCUCUCCCCGCUUGUUUGACCACGCGCUGUACUUUGUACAGCACCACUUUUCCUUACUGUUUAAAUCCAGUGAUUUCCUAGAGAUGAACUUCGGAGUACUGCAGAAAUGUCUGGAAUCCGAUGAACUGAAUGUCCCUGAAGAAGAGACUGUACUGAAAGUGGUCCUUAGCUGGACCAAACACAACUUAGAAUCAAGGCAAAAGCAUCUGCCUUAUUUGAUUAAAAAAGUUAGAUUACAUCAGUUAUCCGAGGAGACCCUUCAAAACUGUCUGCUCAACGAAGAGUGUUUACUCAAAAGCACAAACUGUUUUGACAUAAUCAUGGAUGCUGUUAAGUGUGUGCAAGGUUCCGGUGGACUCUUCCCUGACGCUCGACCAUCCACAACUGAAAAAUACAUAUUUGUUCACAAAACUGAGGAAAACGGUGGAGACCAAUAUACCUUUUGCUACAAUAUAAACAGUGACUCGUGGAAAGUGCUGCCACAGUCACACCUGAUUGACUUGCCAGGGUCUAGUCUGUCUAGUUAUGGAGAGAAGAUAUUCCUGACGGGCGGGUGCAAAGGGCCGUGCUGUAGAACGGUUCGGCUUCAUAUCGCAGAGUCCUAUCAUGAUGCGACUGACCAAACCUGGUGCUACUGUCCAGUGAAGAACGAUUUCUUCCUGGUAUCAGCUAUGAAGACACCAAGAACCAUGCAUACAUCAGUUCUGGCUCUCAACAGAUUAUUUGUCAUAGGUGGAAAGACGAAAGGGUCUCAGGACAUUAAAAGCCUCUUAGAUGUCGAGUCUUACGACCCUCUUUCUAAAGAAUGGAUGUCUGUCAGCCCGUUACCCAGGGGCAUAUACUACCCUGAAGCGAGCACCUGCCAAAAUGUCAUUUAUGUUCUUGGGUCAGAGGUAGAGAUUACAGAUGCCUUUAACCCGUCACUUGAUUGCUUUUUCAAAUACAACGUGACCACCGAUCAGUGGUCUGAACUCGUAGCAGAGUUUGGGCAGUUUUUUCAUGCGACACUAAUCAAAGCUGUUCCAGUAAACUGCACACUGUACAUAUGUGACCUUUCCACCUAUAAGGUUUAUAGUUUUUGUCCAGAUACUUGUGUCUGGAAGGGUGAAGGCUCUUUUGAAUGUGCAGGCUUUAAUGCAGGCGCAGUUGGAAUUGAAGACAAAAUUUAUAUCUUGGGUGGCGAUUACGCACCAGAUGAGAUCACAGAUGAAGUACAAGUCUACCAUAGUGGCAGAUCUGAGUGGGAGGAAGUCUCACCCAUGCCACGAGCCUUAACGGAAUUUUACUGCCAGGUGAUUCAGUUUAAUAAAUACAGAGACCCAUGGUUUUCUAAUCAUUUCUGAAAGGCGUAUGUGCUUAGACAUCCUAAAACUAUCCCAGUUCUAGAAGCCUACCAUAAAUCUGUUAAGCCUAAUAGCUGGUAAAAAGGUCUUUACCUCUUAGUAAAAUAAAAUGUACCUUCUGCUAGAGAAUUACUAUGAAUGUAUAGCAUAUAUGACUUAGCGGUUGCUGGAAACUUAAAUACAAGAUACAUUUACCCAAAAAUUAUAUCGAAUAUAAUUUAAUCCUGGAGAAUCCAGAAUACUUAGUAUUUUCAUAUGUAAAUAAGACUCAUAGGCAUUGAUGUCUUGAUUUUGAGAGUAAUUUAUCUGUGAAAGACUAGUAAGAACAAAUCAGUGUUCACAGAUUUGUACUAUUUAGAGGGGAAAAAAUCUCUGUAGGUAGUGAAAGUGAAUUAUUUGCACACUAUAUUAUAUGAAGUGAAAAUUAAGUUAGAAAGAGGUGAGAAGCCUACCUUGUUACUACAGGUGUAAGAGUUACUGAAUUCCCAUCCUUUCUGAUCACUGCUUAGCUUCUUUUAACCCCUCUUCCUUUUUUCAUCAUCAUUUUUUUUGGUCAGAAAUUUUUCUAAAAUGCAGUGUAUUUCCCAGCCUUCUAAACUUGCGCUAAACAUGGCUUGACAUUUUUUACGAUUCAACUCUUCAUUAGGAGCAUAAUGUACCAUGUUAUAAUGCCAUAAUGCCAUUGGCAAUUACUGGAAUGCUUUUAAAAUUGCUGGUUCUGGUAGUCCUCUGUGCUGGUUGGUUUCGAUUUCUGGUGGCAGCAUAUCUUACUCAUUUUCUGGCUGAAGCUCAGUAAAUGAACAUUCUUGAUUUAAUGACUACUUGUAAGUUACACCCCCUCUCAGUCUAUCUUUACAUGUAACCCACUGGGUGAAGUUUUGGGAUUCUGGGAUGGUAGUCCUAACAAACAUUUUCUGUAUCCUUGCCACAUUCCAGCAUAAUUGAGGACGCAGCAAAUCUGAUCCCUAGAUAAGUGUAUCAUUCUGUUGCAUUUCUUAAAUUUGUAAAUAUCCAAAUUUGAUCUGUAGUUAGAAAUUUCUGUGCUUCAGUUAGUACCGUAUCAGUUUUCCUUGGUGAUAUAUCCCAAUGAUAAAGCACCGUGUGGGUUUACUAUUUUCAUAAGAUAUUCAUAGUGGAUUAUUUUCUAAAUUUAAAAAACUCACUAGGUUUUGUAUUGAUCGCAUUCGCAACCCGUAUCCGUUAAGAUGUUUAAUCACCUUUAACCCCAGUAAAGAAAGAGUAGCAAUCAUCCUUGCUCUCAGGUGUGACAAGAUUGCGUUGCAAAAGGAGUAUGUUUCUUUCCUAAGUUUAAAAGAUAUAACCAUAUUAGGUUUUAAAAGUGGAAAUAUACCUAAAUGAAGGUCCUUUUAUUAUGCCAUAUAAAUUUAUUGUAUAAGCUUCAAAUGUUUUUUUCAGGAUAGAACAGGAUAUUAGACUACGUUACUCUGCAAUUCCAAAAUCAAAGACUAUCCCUAAUCAGAUGACAGUUGGCUGAGAAGCAUUCUGUCAAAUUGGUGGUCUUCCUUCCUACCUAAGUUGGCUCUGCCGUGUGUGUGUGUGUGUGUGUGUGUGUGUGUGUGUGU